AUGGGACUAUCUGUUGCCACGAUGGGGCGAAGGGACCACGAUGCAAAUGAUCCAGCUGAACGAUUUCUUCCAAGGGGAAAGAAGAAAACGGUUUCAUUUCGAACACGGGAUGGAACUCAAGCCACGAAAGAUAAAAUCGUUACAAAAAUGCGUGCCUGUCUUGUUUGUAAGGUUAUUGCAACGGAGGAGCAGGUGAGAAAAUUGGGAAUAGAUUUGUCUACUCCGAGUUUUCCAGUUUAUCAAAGUUGGGUCGGGCGUUACGUCAAUUUAGAAAAAGCUGUUCCAGCGUGCUACGCCGUUCAUGUUACUGGAGAUCUUCCUGAAAGAGUUCGGGAUGACAUCACGUAUCAAUAUGCUGGCAGCAGCACAAUAGACGAAGAAUGA